GCUCCCCCCGCCGACGGAGAGCGGAACUGCACAUCCGGGGACUCUGGCGCGAUGGUCAUGGCGGAGGGUACUGCAGUUCUCAGGAGGAAUCGUCCGGGAACAAAGGCCCAGGAUUUCUACAACUGGCCCGAUGAGUCUUUCGAGGAGAUGGACAGCACCCUGGCUGUGCAGCAGUACAUUCAGCAGAAUAUCCGCUCAGAUUGUUCCAACAUCGACAAGAUCCUGGAGCCUCCGGAGGGACAGGAUGAGGGCGUCUGGAAGUACGAGCACCUCAGACAGUUCUGCCUGGAGCUGAAUGGACUGGCUGUGAAAUUGCAGAGCGAGUGUCACCCUGACACCUGCACCCAGAUGACAGCCACAGAGCAGUGGAUCUUCUUGUGUGCGGCACAUAAGACUCCCAAAGAGUGUCCUGCCAUUGACUACACGAGGCACACGCUGGAUGGGGCAGCCUGCCUGUUGAACAGUAACAAGUAUUUCCCAAGCCGAGUGAGCAUUAAGGAGUCAUCUGUAGCAAAGCUGGGCUCCGUGUGCCGGCGCAUCUACCGGAUAUUCUCCCACGCCUACUUCCACCACAGGCAGAUAUUUGACAAGUAUGAGAACGAGACCUUCCUCUGUCACCGGUUCACGCGCUUCGUGAUGAAGUACAACCUGAUGUCUAAAGACAACCUGAUCGUGCCGAUCUUGGAGGAGGAGGUGCAGAACGCCACGGCGGGGGAGAGCGAGGCCUGAUGUACAGAAACAUAAUGCAUCUAAAACAUGCGCGUCUGGUCAUCGGGCUCAAGCGGCCAGAGGCGGCGCUCUAGUGUCAUUGCAGUCUGGUCAUCUUUCCAUACUACAGAAACUUGCGAAUAUUGUGUCUGUGAGGUGUAAAUGCACAGAAUACACAGUGUUGAGUCCCUGUACAUGUUUCCCCAUUCCUUAACACCUAAUGACAACUUUCCCCUGGACUCUGUCUGGCUCUCUCUGACCUGCCUGUGCAGGAAUGCCACUUGUUAAAUCACUUUUUUUUUUUUUUCUUUUUCUUUUUUAAGUUAUUGUGUGGGUGGCUACAGCAUGUCUGUCAUAUCUUUAUACUUUCUGGUUUUUAACUAAAAUUUUAUUGUUACUUCCAGUAUACGUAAUAAAACUAAUCGAUAC